GAGCGAAUUAAUUUCUGUACCAAACCACCCAGAUAUGUCUUCUUCCACCGUAGCAGGAACGGGGCCUGGGCGUCAAAGGGCCAGCUCCUCUGUCAAUCUACCUCCUGAAAUCGCCAUGGCUUCCGCCACCGAUGCUAAUAUGACCACCUCCUCCAACGUGAUAGGUGCUAAUCCCAACAUUGGGGUAACACUUGGAACUGGGUAUGGCAGUAUCUCCCAUGAUAUUCCUCCUGACAUGGCGGUGUUGUUACAAAACCUUGAGGAAGACUUCACCGUCCAUAAAACCAUUGACCAAUGGACUUAUAUCAAUAGAAGAGAAGAAAUUAUUCAGUCCAUUAAUAAAUUACGUCAACAACAAAUAGAACAAAUAAAGUUGGAUCCUGAUAGCCUAGAGAAACCUCUAUUUCCCAGACAACCUAGUGCCAUUGUCAAAGACCAGAAGUUCUCCACAAACACUCUUUUGAAUAUCUUGAAAAGAAGAGCAACCACAUACAAGUCGGAGAAUGCAUUCUUGGUAUUGGAUCUCAAAGGUAAGGAAGUGUCUGCCAUCACGUGGGAUAAGUUGUACCUCAAAGCCGUCAAGGUCGCCUAUGAAAUUACCCACAAGCUUUCUUUGAAGAAUUCAGAUACGGUAAUCUUGUUGUACAAAGAAGGAGAAGUGGCCGAAUUCGCCAUAGCAUUAUUCGGAUGUUUUAUGGCCGGGGUUACGGCGGUUCCAAUCCAUCAGGAUGUGUCAUUAUAUGAGGUACUCGACAUCAUUAACUUGACUCUGUCCAAAUUAGUGUUGUAUUCAGAAAGUGUGGCCAAGGAAUUGGAUAGGCUCAAUAGUAAUGGUCUGAGGAUUGUGUGGCCUCCAAAGUUGACCAGGUGGAGAACCACCGAGUUUGGUUCGGUGAAGAAAUCUGAUCUCAGUGCUUGGGACUCGAAGCAUAAUCAAAAGAAGCAAGACGAAACCCGGUCUAAAGCAGAUUUGGCGUACGUUGAAUUCUCGAGAUCUCCCCUUGGAGAAUUGAGAGGCAUUGCUUUGAGUCAUAGGACUAUUGCCCAUCAGAUGUCUACUUUGAGUCUGUCUUUACUGAGUUCUCCAAGCUCUGAUGGAAUUGUGAGAAAUGAUAAGGAGUAUAGACGAAACAGAAAGGUGUUCAUGGCUACUUUGGAUAUCAGAUUCUCCAUAGGGUUAAUCUUGGGCAUAUUGUUUACGGUAUACUCAGGGAACAUUCUUAUUUGGGCCCCUCAAAAAGUGAUGGAAAUUCAAGGUCUUUAUGCUAAUAUCGUUUCGAAAUUCAAGGCUUCUUUACUUUUAACAGACUAUAUCGGUUUGAAACGGGUGACAUAUGAUUAUCAGCAGUCUCCUAAUGCGACCAGAUACUUUUCAAAGACUCAGAGAGUUGAUUUGUCUUCAGUAAAAUGGGUUUUGGUUAACUCUUUGACAACCGAUGGUGAAUUUAUGGAGAUUCUUGCUAAUAGAUACUUGAGACCUUUGGGAUGUCAAGAGCCAGAGAAUGCCAUCAUUCCAAUGUUAACGUUGAGUGAAUAUGGAGGAAUGGUUAUGUCUAUGAGGGAUUGGUUAUCGGAUGAAAAACCAGGAUCCAAUAAUCAAAGUAAAGGUGAAUUGACGUCGUUGCUAAUAGACAAAGAAGAAUUAUCCAGAAAUAGGAUCAAGGUUGUUGAAACUAAUACAUCUGCAUCUGACGACACCUCCAAAGAUUUAUUGAGAGUCGAUGCAUUUGGUUAUCCGUUGCCUGAUGCUACAUUGGCGGUAGUUAACCCAGAACUGUCGGUUAUUGUAGAAAAAGGUGAGGCUGGAGAAAUAUGGAUAGAUUCACCGUGUCUCUCUGGAGGAUUCUAUGGUUUGCUUAAAGAAUCAAAGCUGAUCUUUCAUGCAAAGUGUAGAGAUGCAGAUGGUAUAAUGGAAAUGGAUUUCUUGAGAACUGGUUUAUUGGGUUUUACUUUUAACGGGAAGGUUUAUGUUCUUGGGUUAUAUGAAGAUAGAAUCCGUCAAAGAAUCACUUGGAUCGAUCAAAAAGUAUACAGUAAACAAGGUAAAGAGUUGGUUAUAGGAAAUGGAACCAUAUACCAUUACUCUUCUCAUUUGUUGGCCACAUUAGCAAACGAGGUCAGACAGGUAUACGAUUGUACUAUUUUUGAUGUUUUCAUUGGUAAUGAGUACUUACCUGUUGCUAUUGUAGAAGCUGAAGUCAUAAGAAAGAUUCUUGAGGGUACUAGUGGAGAUACUUCCAAUUCAUCAUCUGGAAGAGGUGAUUCUGCUGGUCCACAAUAUGAUCCAAUCCCAUUGAAUGAGCCCGUUCUUAAUGCUAUUGCCCAAAAAUGUUUUGAUACCUUGUAUAAGCACCAUUUGCUAAAGCUAUACUGUGUGUUGGUCGUUGAUUGUGAUACUCUUCCAAAGAUUAUGAGAAGUGGAGGUCGGGAAAUUGCCAAUAUGCUUUGUAAAAAGAAGUUUUUGGAAGGUAGUUUGAAGGCUGAAUUUGUGAAGUUUUUCGUCAAAAAGUCUAUCAGCUUAAUCCCCCAUGGUGAAGAUGUGAUUGGAGGUAUUUGGUCACCAUAUGUGUCUCAGUUAAGAAGUGUUGCUUUGGGUAACUUUACUCCACAACUAAGCCAGGUCAUUUAUAAAGAAAAAUCAUUAGAUGACAAAACAGGUGCCCCCCUUACUGAUUUCAAGAGUAUUGUGGAUAUAUUGAAAUUCAGAGUUUCACAUGGCGGAGAUUCUAUUGCUUUUCAAAACUUAGACCAUGGAAAGAGUAGUUCAAAACCAUUGACUUGGAAAAAGUUUGAGUUGAGAAUUUAUGGUGUUGUCAGUUAUUUGAUAGAGAAGGCCCAGGUCAAACCUGGUAAAUACGUGAUUUUGAUGUACUCUUUGUCGGAAGAGUUCAUUGUCGCUGUUUAUGCUUGUUUGAUGUGUGGAAUAGUAGCCAUCCCUAUGCUACCAUUCGAUUCAAAUAGAAUUGGUGAAGACUUGCCAGCAUUUUUAGGUGUCAUAAAGGAUUUUGAUGUGAGUGAUAUACUUGUCAACGAAGAAGUCGAAAGGUUUCUAAAAAGUGGCCCCGCUGCUGAGAGUCUCAAACGAAUGAAUGUCAAAAGAUAUAAAAACUGGAAGAUCAAAAACACCGCCAAACUCACUAAAGUUUCUAAUAUUGCAUCUUUACACUCUAAAAUUUCAAAAUACCAAGCUGCUGUCAAUUUUCGGGAUGAAAAAACCACUGCGUUAAUUUGGUUAAACUUCACUUCUGACCAUUAUAGAGUUGGAGCCAAAUUGAGUCACAAAAACAUCAUAGGAAUUUGUAAAGUCUUCAAAGAAACUUGCAACUUAACAUCCAAAUCAGCAAUUGUUGGUUGUGUGCGUCAUUGUUCGAGUAUUGGUUUUGUACAGGCUGCUUUAUUGGGUGUGUUUUUAGGUACAACAACCUACUUAUGUUCUCCAGUCAGUUAUGCAGAAAACCCAUUGGCUUUCUUUUUGGCUCUUGCUCGUCACAAAGUUAAAGACGUGUUUGUAACAGAGCAGAUGUUGAAAUAUGCUGCCAUUAAGUUUAGUCCAAAGGGGUUUGACUUAUCACACUUGAAGAAUAUGAUCAUCAGUACUGAGGGCCGUGUGGAAAUUGACUUGUUAAGAAAGAUCGCAAAGGUGUUCCAGCCAACGCAAUUGAGUGCAGCUUCCAUGUCUUCUGUUUACAAUCACUGGUUUAAUCCCAUGAUAUCUUCGAGAUCGUAUAUGGCCGUGGCUCCUGUUGAUCUCUAUUUGGAUCCAAUUGCUUUGAGACAAGGAUUUGUUUCCAUUGUCAAUCAGGUGGAUUUUCCGAAUGCUUUACAUAUUCAAGACUCGGGAAUGGUUCCUGUUUGUUCUGAAAUUGCAAUAGUCAAUCCUGAGACAUGUAAAUUGUGCAAAGAAGGAGAAUUUGGGGAGAUUUGGGUGUCAAGUGAGGCUAACUUAACUGGUUUUACUAAUGGUCCUAAGGGUCCUGUUGAUUCAUUCGCUGAAAGUCAGUUUUUGGGUAAGAUUGUCGAUGGAGACAAGACAAUAACCUAUUUGAGAACUGGUGAUCUAGGAUUCUUACAUCACAUUACGAUUGCCAAAAAUAAGACCGGUAAAAAGUCUAACGAUGAACAAGAAAUCACUUCAUUUCAACCAUUAUUUGUCUUGGGAAAGGUAGCUGAGACCUUUGAAGUCUUAGGCUUGCAUCAUUUCCCAAUCGAUAUUGAGAACACUAUCGAGUCUUGUCAUUCAGAUAUCUACAAGAAUGGUUCUUGUGUAUUUAAGUGUGCUGAUUAUACAAUUGUGGUUUGUGAAUCAAAAAGAAAGAGAAACUGCGCCUCAUUGGUUCCAAUCAUCGUCAACACGGUCUUCAGUAAACACCAUUUGAUAGUUGAUAUAAUUGCGUUCAUGAAAAAAGGCGAAUUCCCCAUAUCAAGAUUGGGAACCAAACAAAGAGCCAGAAUCAUUGAUGCUUGGGUACAAGGAAUUAUCCCAGUGAGUGCUGUGUAUGGAGUUAACUAUGGUGAAAACAGUAUGAUACAAUUGAUCAAAGAGAUCGAUUCUGUUGCCAGAGAUAACCCUAUAACCGGAUUGAAGAAUCCUGCUUUAUCCUACUAUGAUGCAGAUCCAGUUGAUGAUAAAUCCUCCAUUUUUGACUCCAAUCGCCAGGGAUUAACCCUCAAUGAUGAUUACGAAGACUACUACAAUUCUUUGGAGCCUAACACUACAAACUCUUCGGUGGGCCCUGAUUAUGGCUCUCAUAAGGCUACUUUCCAAGUAUAAUUCCAGGAAAAGUCGUGCGUUCGUGGUUAGGUUUUGAUGCGAAAAAGAUUUUUUUGUGUAUAGAAGAAAUAUUCACUUACAAUCAAAAUAGAUAACCUAAUAAGUAAUAUGAAUGCAUCCA